GCCGUCGACAGCAGCAAUUGGCGCUGAAAGCAGUGUGAUAAGCAGUCUAUAUAUCUCUAGGUCAUUGCUAACUACUGAUAUUUGUGCAUAGGUGUUAAACAUUGGAAUCGUUUGGAGGUCGACUGUGGUAAAGUUUUGAAUAAGUAAAUAUGUUAGCUAAGCGAGUGUUUAAGGUUAUGUUAUAUUUAGAAAAACAAGUGUUCAUCAAACAGCAGUGCCGGAAAUAUGCUAUGAAAUCUGAUUUAAAAAUUAAGUGGGUGAGGCCUGAAAAGAUAUGCUGUACGAAACCAGUGAAAAGCGGGGAUUUGGAAACCAAAGAAAAUCUGGAACCUAACCUUAUUCCUUCUGAUUUCGCUAAGUCGGAAGAACUUAAAACAGCGAAUGAGCUAGUCAAAAAAAUGUUCUCCCUCUCAUUUCUGCCACGGAAGUACACAUUAGAAUCAGAGAGGGGUAGUAUGAUAGAGCGCGUACGACGGCACCAGCUAGACACAAACUCUGUGGAAACUUCGGUUGCAAAAAUGACGGCAAGUAUUCGCAACUGGCAGGAAAAGUUUGAGAAAAAUCCACAUGAUAAGGUUUUGAAGGUCAACCUGAAAGAGCUGAUUGAGAAACGUAGGAAGUAUUUGAAGCUGUUGCGAUGUUAUGAUUACAAACGUUUUGAAUGGCUGCUGGAGCAACUGAAUGUGAGAUAUCGACCACAUCCAAGACAAUACUUGAAGGUGACACGGAAGGAUUCCCUGCGAAAACUGACAAACAAGCACUGUGAGGACUUGAAAGAAAGAAGACUCAGCGAGUACAAAGCCUUGUUGGAAGGGCAGAAGCUGAGUUUUCUGCAGGAGAAACUGGAGACACUGCAGCAAUUCCAAAAGGACGAACAAGAGUUGGGCCUUGAGCAGACUGUCAGUGAUGAAGACAUUGAAGAAGUAAGAGUGCGUAUCCAAAAAUUGUCACACGAGAAUAGUUUGGCAGAGAGCAACAUCAAAAGUUAGAAUUAGAGCUUUGUUUCAAGUUCACACGUGUAGUAGUUAUUCUUCUAAAAGUGAAUUGAAUUGUUUAUAUUUUUCAAAUAAUUACGUGCACAUGGAGAAUUUUUUUUUUUUAAACUGAGGAUUGAGUUGCAUCAGUAUUUUUUUUAUCAAGCAAAAGUGAUUACACAAUGUAAAACCUGAAAAUCAGACACAUGUUCAAAAGUACUUUUAUAAAAAAAAUGCUAUGAAAGAGUAUAAUGGUAAGACUUGUGAUUCUUCACCAUAUGAUUGUCAGUUCAGUUUGACACUACUGAUGUGGUCGGGGUAUUUGCUUACUGAAGUUAGCGCAAUUAAUGAGCACCCCUAUUUAAGGAACAUGGAUCUGGCGCAGACUGUCUUCAGAGCGUGACAUCGCCCAUGUAGAAGCGUGACUUGUACCCCUCUAGUGCAAUUAUCUUGAUGUGCCAGGACCUGGCCCACUCUCAGCAUCAGGCAUGCUGUAAGAUGGUAGUAAUUAAGUGGGGUCUUUAGGGUCUCACACGCUGGUCACACAGUAAGUCGGAAACACGUGGACGAAUGUGAUGUUUGGUAGGUACUCAGAUUUAUUAUGCGUCAGUGUGCUACAUGCCUCUCAUACACUUAAGUAAUAAAUUUAAAACUGUUUAAAAGCUUAACGGCAGGAACUGGUUUAUGUGAUGUCCAGAGCUAUCUCAUGGUUGUAUAAGGUGUUUGCAUUAUGAUCAAACUUUGGCUGGCAGACCAUUAUAUUUAUUAAAUUAGCAUUCGAGCCCCCGAGGUAAGCUCCGAGGGUAGAUAAAAAGAUUUGGAUAAAUUAAAGAAGCCAACAAGAUCAGUUGCAGUUCAAAGAUGAAAUCCUCGGAGUUCUGAAGGUAUCUUACCUCGCGUGGCGAUGCAAUGCAACUGGGCCAAAAGAAGGCCACUGGACAGCGCAUACGACGAGUUGAACUGACCAUUAGUAUUAGGUCAUUAUUAAAAUUCAGGGUUUUGCAUAUUACGAUAAAAGCACACAUACACUCCUAAAUUUAUUGCAAUGUUAUUUCAGUCUCAGAAACAUGUAAUGACUUUAUAUAUUAAGAUUACUGUUAAAAAAUUAAUGACUUAUGCGGCCUUUGGCAAGUUUAGGUCCAUUUAUGUAGAAAUAUAACUUAAAAUAAAAUAAACACAGAAUGUU